UCGGUCCAGCGGCGGCACCGGCACCGGGUGACCUAACACUUUCUCUUUCUUCCGCGCGGGCCUCCCGCGUCUCGCCCUCUUCUUCCGUCUCCGUCUACGUCUACGACGGAGCUUUCUCUUUCCUCCGCGGUGGAGGGGACGCCGGCAGCCAUCCGUCCAUAAUGCAACUCACUCCUGAGUCUGGUACCGGCCCCAAGUGAUCUGGGCACUUUCGGGCAUCUCCCGGCAAAUGGAUUAAGUGCGUGCCCCGUGGAAUACUCUAUUUUAUCACAGACGGUGGUCGGUGAGGACGGGAGAAUGUUCAAGCUAGAGUAUCUGCAAGCGCAGUCGAGCGUGCACCUGUACGUUCUCGCGGCUGCGACAGUGGUGGUGAGCGUGCUCGCCGUAUGUCUCGUCCAGUUCUACAACUACCUCACCAAAGGCCGCUGCACCUCCACCAAGAGGAUGGACGGCAAGACAGUCAUCAUCACCGGCGCCAAUUCUGGCAUCGGCAAAGAAACAGCAAAGGAGCUAGCUAAGAGAGGAGCGCGAGUCAUCAUGGCUUGUCGUAACUUGGACUCCGCAUCAAAAGUUCGAGCGGAGAUCGUAAAAACGACGAACAAUCAAAACGUGCUUCUGAAACGUCUAGACCUGAGCAGUCUGGAGUCAGUGCGAGACUUCGCGGAUGACAUCAACCGAACGGAGUCGAGAUUAGACGUCUUGAUCCACAACGCCGGAGUUGCCAACACUUUCGGUAGAAAGACCACGGCCGAGGGUCUGGAGCUAACCAUGGCCACCAACCAGUAUGGCCCCUUCCUUUUAACUCAUCUCCUAAUUAAUUUAAUGAAAAAAUCAGGACCGAGUAGAAUAGUAGUUGUAGCUUCGAGUCUUUACAGGUUGGCCACUUUAAACCUGACGAAUGCGAAUCCAGUCAGUGCGCUACCUGCAUACUUGUACUACGUUUCAAAGUACGCAAACAUAGUUUUCACGCUGGAACUUGCCAGGAGACUGAAAGGAACAAGUGUCACCGCAAACUGUUUACAUCCAGGAAUGAUUGAUUCUGGAAUUUGGAGAAAUGUUCCCUUCCCCAUGAAUCUCCCAGUAAAACUCAUUGUAAAACUAUUUUUUAAGACGCCACAAGAGGGAGCUCAAACUACAAUUCACUUAGCAGUUAGUGAUGAUGUGAAAAAUGUAAGCGGGAAAUACUUCGCCGAUUGUCGGGAGGCUGGUCUGACAACUGCAAUUCAAGAUGAAUCAUUCGGGAAGAAAUACUGGGAAAUCUGUGAAAAAUUAGUUCAGUUGAAAGAUUCAGAGCCUCAUCUCUAAUGUUGACUGCCCUUCCACUUUUAUUUCAAAAAUAAGUUUUUUGUCAAUAUCAAAAAAUGAAAAUGAUGAUCUACAAUAGUUAAGCUAAUUUUUGUUGCUUGGUUUCUCUCAUUUUAAAAGACCUUUGUGCUGAGGUGGCAAAUGUUUUGGAAGUUGCACUCACUUCACUCAAAACUCGUAACAAUAUACUUCAGAGAAUCUACACACGAAGGGUGGAUAUGAAACAGAAAACUCAAUUUUACACCAGGGUUCCUCUACCUGUCUAAUCGUUUCAAUUUUUUUCUGAUGAUGGAAAAAUAAACCAACAAGUUGAACAACCAAAGCUUUGUUUAUGAGAGUGAUGAGGCUACUGGGUCGAUAAAGUUCCUGAAAA